AUGGAAAAUACAAGAAAUUUAAAUUGUGAAGAUGAUCAUGAGGAUAAUGAUGAGGAAGUUUCACUUGAAUUUAUUUAUGAUAAUAAUGAUGAUGCUAGUUUCAUUAGUUCAACAAAAACUGAUUGCUUAAAUGAUAAUGAAAGUCAAUCGAAUCUCAUGAAUGUAUCAAGUGAUCUUGAAUCUAGUUAUUAUUAUCAAUCUGCAUAUCAAUCUACAUCAUGCUUAUCUAAUAGUUGCAGAGAUACAAUGAAGAAUCUUACAUCAUCACCAUUGCAUUCAACAUUUGAAUCAAAUCGAUUUAGAAAUUCAUGA